AUGAACCGCCUCUUCGGCAGCGCCGACAAGGCGCCCAAGCCCACCAUCGACCAGACCGUCACCAACCUGCAGAAGCGCGUGUCCGAGUACGACGUGCAUAUCAAGGAGAAGAACAACGAGCUCUCGGCGCUCGCCAAGGAGAUGCGCGCCUCCUUCUCGGCCGCGCGCAAGGAGACCAUCAAGAAGAAGAUGCGGCGCAUCCUCGUCGACCGCGGCGGCAUCGAGAAGCGGCAGGGCGAGCUGCAGGGGCAGCUCGACAACCUCUGGCGCACGCAGGACAUGCAGACGACGCUGCAGAACUCCAUGGUGGUCGUGGACGCGCUCAAGACGACGACCAAGGAGCUCAAGCGCCAGUACGGCAAGGUGGACCUGGACAAGAUCGAGCGCAUGCAGGACGAGAUGGCGGACCUGAUGGACGUGGGCGCCGAGAUCAACGACGCCAUCUCGCGCGGCAUCGGCAUGCCCGAGGACCUGGACGAGGCCGAGCUCGACGCCGAGCUCGACGCGCUCGGCGACGAGGCCGAGUACGAGUUUGAGAUGCAGCGCGCCUCGGCCACCCCAGGCUUCCUCGAGGACGAGGUGCCCGACUUUGUCGACGAGCCCGUCGCCACCGACAAGACAAAGAUGCAGGAGGCGGCGAGCGCGACGGACAGAGGAGGGUUUUGCUUUACCAUCAGGACACGGAGGCGGCGUUUAGGAUUCAUACCUCAUAUUGCUACUAUGAUUAUGCAGGAGCGAUUUUUAUUGUCACGCACCCAACCGACUACGGCCUUCACCACGACGAGGAGGGCAGCUGGACGAAUAGUUACUCCCACCUUGAACAUUUACAUCUCUUCGCCGCCCAACCAACCGCGCACCCACGCUCUUCAAAACCCGUAUGCCAUCCGAUCUAUGCAAGGCACUACUCUUACGCCAUAA